AUGGCCUCCGCCGGGACUCAAGCCCCCGUAGCCGUCGUCUGCGUCGGCAUGGCAGGCUCCGGCAAGACGACCUUCAUGCAACGCAUCAACGCCCAUCUCCACACCCAGUCACAGAGCAACCCACCCACACAACCACCGUAUGUCAUGAACCUCGAUCCUGCAGUGCGCAGCGUCCCCUUUGACUCGAACAUUGACAUCCGCGACUCUGUCAACUACAAAGAAGUCAUGAAGCAAUACAACCUCGGCCCCAACGGCGGCAUCCUCACAUCAUUGAACCUCUUCAGCACAAAGAUUGAUCAGGUCAUGGGAAUAUUGGAAAAGAGGUGUCUUCCCCAAGAGUCCGCGAAGCCAUUACCGAGUCACAUCAUCGUGGAUACGCCUGGCCAGAUUGAGGUCUUCGUGUGGUCUGCAUCAGGCAACAUCCUGCUCAACUCACUGGCUUCGAGUUUCCCGACCGUGAUCGCGUACGUGAUCGACACGCCACGCACCACCGAGAAUACGAGCACAUUCAUGUCGAACAUGCUCUACGCGAUCAGCAUCCUCUACAAGACCAAGCUCCCCAUGAUUCUGGUCUUCAACAAGACGGACGUCAAGUCGGAGGAGCAGGCAGUGGACUGGAUGCGAGACUUUGAGAGCUUUCAGAAUGCGGUACGCGCAGAGGAAGACGAGGAGAGGUCAGGAGCUGGGUACAUGGGUCCUUUGUUGAACAGCAUGACUCUUGUACUCGAGGAAUUCUACAACCAACUCUCAGUCGUGGGGGUUUCGUCAAUGACGGGCGACGGAGUGGAGGACUUCUUCAAAGCAAUUGAAGAGAAGAGGGUUGAAUUCGACAAAGACUACAAGCCUGAGCUGGAGAGACGGAGGGCAGAGGCAGAGGAGCAAAAGACGCAGAUUCGCGAGAGUGAGGUCAACAGGAUGAUGAAGGACAUGAACGUUUCGUCAAAGGCAAAGGGGACUGGGAAGUAUGCUAAGCCCGAGCCGGAGACUGUCAGUGAGGCGGAGGAGGACGAUGAAGAAGGAGAAGGGGACAACGACGGCGAGUUGGUCGAGCCUGACGAGAUAAACGAAGAGGACGAAGUCAACGAAGCAUUCGAACAAGGUCUGAAAGCGCGGUACGAAGCUGCAUUGAGAGAUGGCGGUGCUUCUGCGUGGUCAAAGACUGGCCAAGCUGCGAACUACAUCAGAAGUAGUCAACGAUAG